AUUUGCUUUUUCGUAAUUUCUCUGCGAUGCGGAGAUAAGAUAAUGGAGCAUAUGGGCCGACUCCGCCUCAUCUCGACUUCGGCGUCCAGCUUCCACCGUUCCAAUGACAAUAAAUUUUUCAAGUGGUGUAGCUGUCUGCAGACCAUAAACUGCGAAUUGCUCAGCCUUUAAUUCCUCCCGUUCCUUCACCGCCCGGUACGCUGCUCUUAGCCAAGAAAGAAACUCGUGACCUGCUCUCAUGGCGAAAUGGAAGCUCUGGACUGUUCUCCUUUUUUUUGCAUCAACGUCUCACAUCGGUAACGCUGCAAUUCCUGGUUAUGCCAAUUGCCCAACCACUUCAAAUUACACCGCCAACAGCACCUAUCAGAGAAACCUGGAGGCGCUCUUCCGCAAUCUCUCCUCCGCCGCCCCCGACAAAGGCUUCGCCACUGCCACUUCCGGCCAAACCCCCGACCAAGUCUACGGUCUCGUCCUCUGCCGUGGCGACGUCUCCGCCGCCGACUGUGCAGUUUGCAUCUCCAAUGCCACUUCCAAGAUCGUCCGGGACUGCCCCAACAAAAAAUCAUCGAUCAUAUGGUUCGACAACUGCCAAUUGAAAUACUCCGACGAAAACUUCAUUGGGAGGUUGGACAUAAGCAACGAGCUUCCCUUGAUCAACGUCAAUAACAUAUCCAACGUUGACCCGGGUCGUUUCAGUUCACUGCUUGCUUCUCUCAUGUUCAACCUCUCCUCGUUGGCCGCCGCAAAUCCAUCCGGCCGGUUCCUCGCGGCCGGAGAGGUGAAGUUCAAUGACUUCGAGAAGAUAUACGCGUUGGUGCAGUGUACAGGGGAUAUUUCUGCCAAUGACUGCAACGAUUGCUUGACGCACGCCAUCUCUGUUCUACCAACGUGCUGCUCUUGGAAGAUAGGCGCUCGGGUUCUAGAAGGGAGCUGCAACAUAAGGUUUGAGACAGACCCAUUCUACAAUUCCACGGCGGUGGCUCUGCUGCUCCGAUCAGCAGGAGGAGUUUCGCUUCCACCACCGACAGGUCAAACAACCACCGCCGCUCCACCUCCUUCCGAUGCAACGACAGGCCAGACGAAGUCAAGAAGCUCGAUGGUCAUCAUCAUCUCCGUCGUUGUUCCGUCGGUGUUGGUCCUAUGCAUUCUGGCGGUGGCGGUGUUAUUGAUGAAGAAAAAAAACAAGAGGAGAACAAUUCAAAGCAUAGUAACAGAGUCGGUUAUUCAAAACGAAGAUCUUGAUAGGAAGGGGUCAUUAAUUUUCGACCUGGACAGCAUAAUAGUUGCCACCAACAACUUCUCCAAGGCAAACAAGCUCGGGCAAGGUGGGUUCGGUCCAGUCUACAAGGGUCGACUCCUAGAUGGUCAAGAAGUCGCAGUAAAAAGGCUUUCUAGCAACUCCGGACAAGGAACGAGUGAAUUCAAGAAUGAGGUGCAGUUGGUAGCCAGACUUCAGCACAGGAACCUGGUUCGGCUUCUGGGGUGUUGCAUUGAAGCUGAUGAGAAGAUUCUGGUCUACGAAUACGUGCCCAACGGAAGCCUUGACUACUUUUUAUUUGACUCCGCGAAACGGAUGCAGUUAGAUUGGGGUACUCGUAUGAGGAUCGUAAAUGGCAUAGCAAGAGGACUCCUCUACCUCCAUGAAGAUUCUCGGCUGAAGAUCAUCCACAGGGACCUGAAGGCCAGCAACAUACUACUAGAUAAGGAAAUGAAUGUGAAGAUUUCGGAUUUUGGAAUGGCAAAACUUGUGCGGUUGGAUGAAACGCAUGGCAAUACAAGAAGGAUUGCUGGGACGUAUGGUUAUAUGUCACCGGAGUAUGCAAUGCAGGGCCUGUUUUCUAUUAAGUCAGACGUGUUUAGCUUUGGAGUUCUGCUGCUAGAGAUUGUGAGCGGUCAGAAAAAUACAUCAUUUGGCACCUCAGAAUCCAGUCCGAAUCUCCUUAGUCAUGCGUGGAGGCUUUGGAGGGAAAACAGGGCAACAGAGAUAGUGGAUAGGGAAUUGGUUGAGUCCUGUGAAAUGAGGGAAGCGGUGAGGUGCAUUCAUGUCGGGUUGCUAUGUGUUCAAGAGGAUCCAGUACUAAGGCCAACGAUGUCCUUAAUUGUGCUCAUGCUCACCAGCAGUUCUCUUACACUUGCUCUUCCUUCAGCUCCUGCUUUCUGCUGGGGCAGAACAAUUAUGGAGUCCAAUUACUCAUCCGACGGAUCAUCUACUGGACUGAUGAGAUCAGAUGCAUCAGGGGGCGUCGCGAGGUCUCCAUGGACAAACGAUGUGACAAUCUCACAGUUGGACGCUAGAUAGCAAUGCUGUUUGUGUAUGUACCUGUUUUUGUUUGAGCAAAUCUUUCGUUAAUUUUCUAGACAUGCAAAUACGGAUUGAAAUAAUUUGGUGGGCAUGUU